AUGAAACAAAAUAUUAUUCAAGUUGAUAAAAUUGAAGUUGCUGAUACUAUCUGUAAUGAUAACACAAUUCAAGAACCAACUGUUGUCAAAGAAGAUUCAGAUGAAGGUUUAGAUGAAGGAGUUAACAUUUAA